AUGUUCCGUAGGUAAAUAGUUCUGUGGGUUUGUGUUGGCAGGCUGGCCGGCGUGUCUUUCAAAUCCACAGUCCUUUAGGAAACUUUUGACCAUGCCGACAGUGCUUUUGGUGGACGUGUCGCUGUCGAUGAGCCGCGGGGAGGAGGAGGAUGAGGAGAAGGAAGGCGGCGGGGAAGGACAGUUACUGCGAAGGGACUUGGCGGCGCUCGGGUGCAGUAUAGUGCUGGACCACUUCAUGCAGCACUGCAGGCUGGAGUUUGUUUCACUAAUUGUUUUCUCAUCAACAUACAAAGUAUUGAUGCCCUUCACCCGGGACUUCGAGGCGAUCAAGAAUGCUCUCAGCCUAGCUGACGAGUGUGACCGAACCAACCUGGAGGUGGGGCUGGUAGGGGCUGCUCAGCACAUUUUGGAAGAGUGGGGCAACGGAACACCUUGCCAGAUUGUAUUGGUAACAGAUGGCAAUGCAGGCACUGGGCAACACCACCUUCAGAAGACUUUGAUGGCCUCACACUCCCGUGGGGGCUCCCAGUUCCCUCUCCCAUUCCCUUUCCCUGCCAAACUCAGCAUCAUCUGCAUAGCUAACCCUGAUGAACCUUGCCUACAGACCUCCCGGCCCAUCUACCAGCGUCUGGUGGAGCUCAAUGGAGAGGGAGACAUCAUGAUCCCUGAGGGCAAGCUCACCAGAAAGUCAGUGACGGAGAUGUUUGAGCAGCUCGUCAAGAACAACUUCUCAUCCUACUCAGGUGUUCUUCACUGUGGCAAUCUCUCAGCACCCAUCACUCUCUCCCCACCUCCUCAGCCAUACUGCCGACACCAUGACUUUGAGGCAGUUCGAGUCAGUGUGGACCCAGCCAUACAUGUCCUGGGCUUCCUCAACACUGGUGAUGUGUCCUCUCCACCUGCAUUCUCCAGGCAUUUGGUGCUGCCUCUCUCAGCCAAAGGUGACCUGGUGAUGCUGCCCAAGAGUGAGCCAGGCAGUGAUGAUGAGGGUGGUGGUGGUGGCAGUGAUGAGGGCAAGAUUCCUUCCUUUUGUGUCUUGCUUCAUGGAGGACUUAAGCGUGAAAACAUGGUGGCCUUGUGUCAGGUGGGGGAGAAGUGGUAUGGCAUCCUCUAUUCCUGGGCAGACAACAAGAAGAAAUCCAACUUGAUGCUCUCACUUUUUGUGCCUGGAUUUGAUGUCAUACCAUGGAUGGGCAAACUUUCAAACCUUGGGCCAGCAAAUCUACUGCCUGUCAAUCCUUAUGGCCCUUCAGACUCCUCUUCACCCUUUCCCCUCAAGGUUCAAGAGAAGAAGAGUUAUGCCCUCAACUCGGUGGUGUGGGUGCGGCAGGGUGGGCUGCAGUCAGACAUCCAGAAGAUAUUAAGACAUGCCCGCAAGUUGCCAGAUAAGACCCAAAGCUUUUACAAGGAGUUGAAUCGAGUGCGCCGUGCUGCCCUUUCUUAUGGGUUUGGGGAGUUGCUGGAGGGUCUGGCCAGUGUGCUGGAGAGGGAGUGCACCCUUCUGCCCUCCUCUGCUCACCCCGAGGCAGCCAUACAACUCCAGCAUGCCUAUGAAGCACUCCGUAAUCAUGACAAGAAAGAUGCACGCCAGAAUAUAAUGCCACUGAAGACAACUUACUCAGGGAAUGACUGAAGCUUUCAGCAAGACGGUGGCCAGGAGACUGCGGUCGCCAAGGACAUCCUCAGCUUCAUUUGCAUUCAAGAGCAGCAAAAUCUGCAGACCACCAAUGGCUUCAGGACUGGCACUAGUCUAUUCUACAGACCACCAUAGGAAGCUCUGGUUUCAACCACAUUAAUAAUAAGGAACUUUUAUAUCUAACUAUUUUUGAAUAAAAAGAAUGAUCAAAUAC